AUGGCCGCCAAGGUAGACAGCAGACCUGGGGUGCUCCCCGAAGGCCACCUGGGUGCUGCCCGGGAGCACGUGCAGGCAGUCACCCGCAACUACAUCACCCACCCUCAUGUCACCUACAGGACUGUGUGCAGUGUCAAUGGGCCUCUGGUGGUGCUGGAUCAGGUCAAGUUUGCCCAGUAUGCUGAGAUCGUCAACUUUACCCUCCCAGAUGGGACUCAGAGGAGUGGGCAAGUGCUGGAGGUGGCUGGGACCAAGGCAAUUGUCCAGGUGUUUGAAGGGACUUCUGGAAUCGAUGCGCAAAAGACCACUUGCGAGUUCACCGGGGACAUCCUGCGGACCCCCGUGUCAGAGGACAUGCUGGGUCGGGUGUUCAAUGGCUCUGGCAAGCCCAUCGACAAGGGGCCUGCGGUCAUGGCCGAGGACUUUCUGGAUAUCAAUGGUCAGCCCAUCAACCCCCACAACCGAAUAUACCCCGAGGAGAUGAUUCAGACGGGCAUCUCACCCAUCGACAUCAUGAACAGCAUCGCCCGUGGCCAGAAGAUCCCCAUUUUCUCAGCAGCUGGGCUCCCCCACAAUGAGAUUGCUGCCCAGAUCUGCCGCCAGGCAGGGCUAGUGAAGAAAUCUAAGGCUGUGCUGGAUUAUCAUGACGACAACUUUGCCAUUGUCUUUGCAGCCAUGGGGGUGAACAUGGAGACCGCCAGGUUCUUCAAGUCUGACUUUGAGCAGAAUGGCACCAUGGGGAACGUCUGCCUCUUCCUGAACUUGGCCAACGACCCCACCAUCGAGCGGAUCAUCACCCCUCGCCUGGCGCUCACCACUGCCGAGUUCCUGGCCUACCAGUGCGAGAAGCAUGUGCUGGUCAUUCUCACCGACAUGAGCUCCUAUGCAGAGGCCUUGCGGGAGGUCUCAGCGGCCAGAGAGGAAGUGCCUGGACGUCGAGGCUUCCCCGGGUACAUGUACACUGAUCUGGCCACCAUCUACGAGCGGGCAGGGCGUGUGGAAGGUCGCGGGGGCUCCAUCACGCAGAUCCCAAUCCUCACCAUGCCCAACGAUGAUAUCACUCACCCCAUCCCAGACCUGACGGGCUUUAUCACAGAAGGACAGAUCUACGUGGACAGACAGCUACAUAACAGACAGGUCUAUCCCCCCAUCAACGUGCUCCCUUCCCUGUCGCGGCUGAUGAAGUCGGCCAUUGGGGAAGGCAUGACCAGAAAGGACCACGGGGACGUCUCCAACCAGCUGUAUGCCUGCUAUGCCAUUGGGAAGGACGUGCAGGCCAUGAAGGCGGUGGUGGGAGAGGAGGCGCUCACCUCGGAGGACCUGCUCUACCUGGAAUUCCUACAGAAGUUCGAGAAGAACUUCAUCAACCAGGGGCCCUAUGAGAACCGCUCGGUGUUUGAGUCCCUGGACCUGGGCUGGAAGCUCCUGCGCAUCUUCCCCAAGGAGAUGCUGAAGCGCAUCCCGCAGAGCGUAAUCGAGGAGUUCUACUCCCGAGAAGGGGCGCUGCAGGACCCCGGCUCGGACACCGCGCUCUAG